AUGGAAGCGAAGAGUACUCAUGAGAUCGCGAAAGAUGUCACAGAUCUUAUUGGAAACACCCCUAUGGUAUAUCUCAACAAAAUAGUUGAAGGUUGUGCUGCCCAAAUUGCAGCCAAAUUAGAGUAUAUGCAACCAUCUGCAAGUGUCAAAGACAGGAUUGCAUAUAGUAUGAUCAAAGAUGCAGAAGAUAAGGGCCUAAUUACUCCUGGAAAGAGUGUCCUUCUUGAUGUAACCAGUGGUAAUACCGGCAUUGGGCUUGCAUUUAUAGCUGCAGCUCGUGGCUACAAACUCAUGAUAGUGAUGCCAUCAUCUUAUAGUCUUGAGAGAAGGAUUGUUCUUAAAGCUUUGGGGGCUGAGUUAUACAUUACAGAUCCAGCCAAAGGUUCUGAUGGUGUGCUUCAGAAGGUUCAAGAAAUACUAGAUAGGACCCCAAACUGUCAUUUUCUUCAUCAGUUUGAGAAUCUUGCCAAUCCAAAGAUCCAUUAUGAAACAACUGGACCAGAAAUAUGGAAGAGCACACGAGGAAAAGUUGAUAUUUUCAUUGCAGGGAUUGGGACUGGAGGCACCGUGACGGGAGCAGGAAGAAGAAUCCAGAAAUAA